AUGUCGAGCACUUUAUUUCAAGAAAGCAUUAGCAGUAACGACAGCUUUCAAUGUUCUACCACGCCUUUGUCGUACUUGUCAUCGUCACCGUCCUCUUCUUCUUUCGUGACUACUCUCUCUUCUUCCACUUCCACUACCACUUCCACCAACGGACGAAAAAGAAGUUUGGUAUACUAUGGUGAUCGAUUCAUUCCUCUAAGAAACAAUGAAAUGUUUACGGAAUUCGAAAGAAUGCAAGGAAGAACUGACCGUCCAACCGCUAAAAAACAAAAGAAAAAUAUUCUAGAAUCUGAGGAACAAGUUAAAGCCGAAUUAGAAUCCAUUAGAAUGGACAUCCUCGAAAAAGCAAUGUUUCCAUGUACCAACAACUACAACAUUGAUAACUUAUCUCGAAGCAAUGUCGGCGACAGUGCAUCAUUAUCAUUAUCGUCGUCUUCCUCCUUGAGCAACCUAUUCUCUUUUCGCUCAAAAGUCAAUAACACUAUUGGUGGUGCUGCGGUAAUAGACACGCCAUUUCGACCAGCUUACUGGACUACGCCGUUCUCGCCUCAAAUUGAAACCAUUUUACAAACUUCUCGUAAGCCGUUCCGAAUUAUUAAUUCGAGUCCUUAUCAAAUGCUAGCGUUCUGUGAUGAGUUGACGUUAAAGGAUGAUUUUUACCUUAACGUAGUCGAUUGGUCUGCGAAAAAUGUUCUUGCGCUGGGAUUAGAGCAUAGCGUGUAUUUAUGGGAUGCUAGUUCUUCACAGAUGACGAAACUCUGUGAAUUGGAAGAGUCUAGUACUAUAACUUCAAUAAAAUGGAGUCCUCAGGCAAAAUUAUUUUUAUCCUGUGGUGAGCGUAUUGCUAUAGGUACAGCCGACGGGCUGGUACAAAUUUGGGAUCCUCAGAAGCUCGUUCAAAUCAGGGAUAUGAGUGGACAUUGUGCCCGAGUAGGUUGCCUAGCAUGGAACGGCAACCUUCUCACAACUGGAAGUAGUGAUCGCCAAAUAUUUCAUCGAGAUUCGAGAAGCACAAGAAAUUAUACCCAGCAUUUGUCGGGACAUUAUUCUGAGAUUUGCGGUCUUAAAUGGAAUCACCAAGGUGACCAACUAGCAAGCGGUGGAAACGCCAACGAACUAUUUCUUUGGGAUCGCUAUAGUCAGAUACCGAUCAAACGACUUGAAGGUCACAAAGCCGCAGUACGAGCCCUCGCUUGGAGUCCACACACGCCGAAUCUGUUGGUCAGUGGUGGAGGACAUCUCGAUCGACAGAUAAAGUUCUGGAAUACUGAUGAUGGAAAGCUGUUGUCAACUCAUAAUGCAAAAUCACAGGUCUGCAAUAUCGCCUGGUCCCCUCGCUCCAACGAACUCGUCUCCACGCACGGCUGGUGGAAGAACUACGUCGUCGUCUGGAACUACCCCGACAUGAAAAAAAUAAUCACGUUAAAAGGUCAUUCGACUCGUGUGUUGUACUUUUCAAUGUCGCCAAAUGGUGAAGAUAUAGUCACCGGGGCGGGUGGUGAUGAUAAUACGUUGAGAUUCUGGAAAAUUUUUAAUGUUCCUGCGAAGCCUAAAGUCAUUCGAGAAUCGGCGUUGAAUCCGAAUUCUCGUUGUGCUACUAUAAUAUUAGAACAAGUUCGACUUGGAAUUUCUGCAGAAGAGCCAUUGGCCGUGCAGCAAUGGCAAGGCUUGAUAGCGGUCAACUACAUUGCACGCAAAGCUGGAAUUCAGAGACAUUGGACAAUCGAGGAAGCGCGUGCAAAGUGUCCUAAUUUGAAACUUGUCCAUGUAGCUACAUACGCAAACGGCGAAUCUGAACCAAAAUACCACCCUAAUCCACAAUAUGCAACUCACAAAGUAUCUCUUCACCCGUACCGACGAGCGAGUGCUCGGAUCUUUGAGAUAUUUCAAAGAUUUUGCCCGAAUACAGUUCAGCGUGCUAGUGUUGAUGAAGCGUUUAUUGACGUGACCGAUCAUGUGAACACAAAAUUAACAGAAAGAUUUUUUAGUCCAACGUCAUCGUCUAUUAGUAAUGAGGAAGAUGGAAUUGUGUAUACUUCGUCAUCAUCAACAACUCAAGAUAUUGUCGCGUCAUCUGCUGAUGACGUUCAGAAUCAAGAAGGGAUGUCCUUGCCAUUGUUAUCGUCGUCUUGGGAUGAUUGGCAACUCGCGAUUGCAGCUGAAUUGUCAUUAGAGAUUAGAGAAACCGUUUUCAAAGAAUUAGGGUAUACAUGCUCGUCUGGUAUUGCGCAUAACAAGACGUUAGCAAAACUAUGUUCCACCAUUCUAAGAAACAGUGAAACAAUGAAUUUCAUGGAAACAAUUCCUUUUCAUAAAAUUCGUAAACUUGGCGGGAAAUUAGGAACAGAAGUCGAGAAUGUAUUGAAAAUUGAGACUGCUGGAGAUUUAUGGAAACUUUCAACAGAAGAGCUACAAUCUAAAUUUGGAAUGACGACUGGGGUUUGGUUGUAUAAUAUAUGUAGGGGCAUAGAUACAGAAGAAGUAACCCAGAGAAAUAUCUUAAAAUCAAUGAUGGCCUCAAAAUCAUUUCGACCUCCAGUAACGAAAAUGUCUCAGAUUGAACACUGGGCAAAUAUUUUGGGCGUCGAAUUAUACACUAGAGUUAAAGAUGAUUAUGAAAUUAAUCAACGAUGGCCAAAAAAUUUGUUGAUUCAUUACAGAUGCAGCGCACAUCCAACUUCCCGAUCCAAAUCCUCAUUUUUUCCACAUCGCAUAAGUCUGACUUCCCCAGACGUCAUCUCGAGCAAAAUAUUAGAAUUGUUCAAAAAUUCGAACUACGAAUUUCCGUGUUCUAAUUUUUCAGCUAGCGCUACUGGACUGACAAAAGACGAGAGUUUGGGAACUAUGGAUAUCUCAAAAUUUUUUUUAAAACGUAGUACUACUCACAACAGUGUUGAUUCUGAAUCUGGAGGUGGUAGUGACGUGAUAAAUUCUUGCAAUAUUGAGAAAUAUGAUCCUGCUGAAGAAGGUCCGAUAAAAAGCUCAACAACAAAUUACUUGAACAUAGCAGCAGAAGUAGCGACAAAUGAAAGCACGAACCAGUGUAGUAAUAAAUUUCUUGCCACCGCAGAAAAUAUUCAUAGUUCUGAGAUGUCCGAGAAUAAUAAUAGCACUCCAACAACAAAAUCAAAUCAGAAAAAAAUAAUAAAUAACACGAUAGUUAAGAAAGCUGUUUCUGCCAAAAAAUCCAUUUCGAGAAAUGCUUCUGCUGGUAAAGGAAUACUCAAAUUUUUCGAUAGUGCAACGGCUCCUAGCGAGAUAAAACCUGCAACUG